CUGCUUCCCUACUUUGUACUGUAUUAUAAUUUCUCAGUCACUCAUCCGUCUCUACAGUCGUCUGCAUACAUCUCAAUCUGUUCUUUCGGCGCCUUUUGAUCUCCACCGAUGGCCAAGGAACCAGUUCGCGUUCUCGUUACUGGCGCUGCAGGACAAAUUGGGUAUGCCCUUGUACCCAUGAUUGCUAGGGGAGUCAUGCUUGGUGCAGACCAACCUGUGAUCCUCCACAUGCUUGAUAUCCCACCAGCUUCAGAGGCUCUGAAUGGUGUGAAAAUGGAGUUGGUGGAUGCUGCAUUCCCUCUGCUAAAGGGUGUUGUUGCCACGACAGAUGCUGUUGAGGCAUGCACUGGGGUGAAUAUUGCCGUCAUGGUUGGUGGCUUCCCAAGGAAAGAGGGCAUGGAAAGAAAAGAUGUGAUGUCAAAGAAUGUUUCCAUUUACAAAGCCCAGGCUUCUGCCUUAGAGAAGCAUGCAGCUGCAAACUGCAAGGUUCUGGUGGUUGCUAAUCCCGCGAACACCAAUGCACUUAUUCUGAAGGAAUUUGCACCAUCCAUCUCAGAGAAGAACAUUACUUGCUUGACCAGACUAGAUCAUAACAGGGCACUUGGUCAAAUCUCAGAGAGACUGAAUGUUCCCGUGUCCGAAGUGAAGAAUGUCAUCAUUUGGGGAAAUCACUCCUCAACACAGUACCCUGAUGUCAACCAUGCUACUGUUAAGACUCCAUCUGGGGAGAAGCCAGUCCGUCAACUUGUUAAUGAUGAUGCCUGGUUGAAUGCAGAAUUCAUUACCACAGUCCAACAACGUGGUGCAGCAAUCAUCAAAGCUCGAAAACUCUCGAGUGCGUUAUCUGCUGCUAGUUCAGCUUGUGACCACAUUCGUGAUUGGGUUUUGGGAACUCCAGAGGGCACUUGGGUGUCCAUGGGGGUAUACUCUGAUGGUUCAUACAAUGUACCUGCUGGACUCAUUUAUUCAUUCCCUGUCACAUGCCGCAACGGAGAAUGGCAAAUUGUACAAGGGCUGCAAAUUGAUGGAUUCUCAAGGAAGAAGUUGGACUCGACUGCAGAGGAGCUGACUGAGGAGAAAGCUUUGGCAUACUCCUGUUUGUCAUGAGUGGUCUCUCCGUUUCUCACAUUUUUGAAUAAAGUCAUUGUCUGAAAUAUGUGGCACCUUUGGAAGUAAUUGGAGUUUGACUGUGUUUUUCUCCAUUUGUGUACUCUUGAUUUACUAAUUAAAGACAUUAGAUGCUCA